AUAUUUUCUUUGCCACUUAUGCAGGCUAGCUAAUCACACAUCGGAGAUGACCAAUGCCACACGCCCAGAAAAUUCCAUUCAUUUGUGUAUAUAAAGGGAAGAGCUUGUGGAGACUCUAUAGUCUCCAAGUUUACCAAUUUUCUCUCUGAGAUGCACAGUAUUAGACCACCUGUGCGUGCUGCUGCUAGUGUUACAAAGAGGAUGUGCAAUUCUACUGAAGAGGACAGCCAGCUGAGGAGAGGUCCUUGGACUCUUGAAGAAGACACUUUGAUCACUCAUUACAUUGCUUGUCAUGGCGAAGGUCGUUGGAAUAUGUUAGCAAAACAUGCAGGACUGAAGAGAACAGGAAAGAGUUGCAGAUUGAGAUGGUUGAAUUACUUAAAACCUGACAUUAAGCGUGGCAAUCUUACUCCACAAGAACAACUCUUGAUCCUCGAACUUCACUCCAAGUGGGGUAACAGGUGGUCAAAAAUUGCACAGCAGCUGCCUGGAAGGACUGACAAUGAAAUCAAGAACUACUGGAGAACAAGGGUUCAAAGGCAGGCACGUCAGCUCAAUAUUGAGUCUAAUAGUAAGAGGUUCCUUGAUGCUGUUAGGUGUUUUUGGAUGCCAAGAUUGCUUCAAAAAGUGGAGCAAAAUUGCUAUUCUUAUUCUACUUUAUCAACCAUGGAUUCACAAACUGACGCAGCUGCUUCUGCAUCAUCAACAAAUUUUACUGUUGAUAAUUCUCUGUCGUCAGAAUCAUUUCCUAUACAAACCAAAUGGGCAAAUUACUCAAAUCUUCCAAGCGAACAUUCAAAUUCAGUCACUAGUCCUAGUGUUCUCUCUACAGAUUCCAAGCCAAUCUCACCCCAAACUCAAACUCUUGAAAACCCAGCAAGUAUUAGUCCACCAGUGCUUGAUAACACAGUCUACGACAAUCUAAUUGUGGGUGACUGUUACUAUGUGGAGAACAGUGGCUAUGACAUGGAUGGACUCAAUACUGCUUCUGUGCCUGAAAUUGUCGCUUUUGGUGAUUCAACAUCAGAAUGCCAAAUGGCAGAAAGCAACUGGGUAUUUGAUAAUGACAUGGCAGAUACUCUUUGGAACAUGGAUGACACAUGGCAGUUUAGACUUUAGAGAAAGUGAAAGAGGAGGCCAUAUCUAUAUAACAUCUACGGCUUACAUGUUGGCUCUGUGAUUAUGGUUAGGGUCUUGACUCAGACAAUUAUACAGAUCUAUAUUGGGUUUGCAAGGAUGCGUAAUGAAAGUAUGAAAUGCAACCCAUCAUCUAUAGAAACUUACAAUUUGUAGUUCAUCAAAAAAACUUUCAUAUAUAUGAUUAUAAAUUAUUUAUGCAGUA